UCUUUCUAGGUUAGAGUUAAGAUAGCUCUUUGGUUUGGUUUAUUGAAUUUCAUUUUCAUUUAAUAAAUAAAAAGUUGACUCUUUUACCAUAAAAUCAAAACUAAUUUGCAGAAACUGAUACAUACAUAAAUAUAUCUCAAAUAAUGGCGAAAGAAGAAAAUCUAAAUGGCAACGUUGAUGGAGAUGAUUCCCUAGAAGAAAAAUCGCAAAAAGAGAAGAAAACAGCAAAGUAUGAUAGUGGUGCGGCAGAUUUAGAAAAAGUUACAGAUUAUGCUGAAGAAAAAGAAAUUUCCUCUCAAGACGUGGCAAAUGCAAUAACUGCUAUUGGAGAUAGAAGAAACAAGGAAGCUUUGGAGAAGCAAGCACGAGAAAAAGAACUAUUGAAAGUUUCUAUCAAGAAAGAAGAUGUAGAUCUCAUAGUGAACGAAAUGGAAAUUUCCAGAACUAAGGCAGAAAGAUUUUUGAGGGAAUAUCAUGGGAAUGUAGUAGAUGCCUUAAUAGCUUUAACAAAUUGAAAUGUAUUCAAUAAAAUCACGUUGACAUGUAUGCCAAAAUACAAUUUUUUUAAUUGA